GCAAAUUGCCGGCCGCGUACGAUUGCCGGCAAUCGCGGCAUGCGAGGGAAAGGUCGCAAUCAAGUUCCGCAACCUCAUCCAUGAGCGAAAGCUCACCGACCACCAACGCGACCAUUGAGUCAAAGAUCACAACGCCAGGAUGUCUGAGUUCGACACGUGGAAGUUUGGAGCCUUUACCGGCUGAUAUUACCAUGGCUUUCUUCGCGUUCGUGGGCGAUUCGCCAUCACCCAUGACCGAUGUCUUUUCGCUUUCAUUCAUGCGGACGUAUCUCGACACGUCAAUACCAAUCCGUGCCGUCGUGACGACAAUUGGCAAAAUAUGCUUAGAAUACUCCAAAACUACAGCCUUGGAAAAUAAGCAAAAGGCAGCAGCAUCGAUCAUAGCUCAGGACCGAUAUAAGUUGAAGGAGUUCCUGGACGUUCUCACAUCUCCCGAGAGCAGUGAUCAGCACUUGAUGUUGCUGUACGGGAUCCUGAUGGCUUAUGCCGAGACAAUGACCGGCCAGUCAUGGCUUUUCUUCCAGGCCACAAUGAGAAAGCUCACGGGCAAAGUCCAAGAGCAGGUCCAACAGCGAAAAAGAGCACCACUUUUGUAUUUCGACAAAGGGUUGCUGAUGAACUAUUCGCUGCUGGCAACUUACCACUGUCUAAUGUCGUUCGAGGACACGUUUCUUGUAGAUGUCGAGCUUUAUGAUCCAAAGCCUUUUGAUAAUAUCGAUGCGAUUACUAGCCAAGUACGCAUCAACUCUGCCAUAUUACACCACUACACGAAAUAUGUAGCACAUUUCGCGCGACUGCACCAUAAGGCAACGAAGUGGGUGCGACAAGCGAGACACGUUUUGAAUGACCGCCAUAUAGCUGCAGAACCGCCACCUCACGAAGAGCUCAAGGCGGUACUAUUGGAAGCCGGGCUACUGCAACAGGGAUUGGAAAUCAUUGAAAGUUCGGCAGCGGUCAUCGACGUGAUGGAGAACCUCCGGGGGGAGAAAUACGAUGAAAGCGACGAAGCGGACAAGACCGACUUCAGCAUUCUGCGCGAGGCUUUCUACCACUUCUCGCUUAUGGGUAUAACACGAACCUUUUGGGACCCGGCAUGGAAACUCAUCGACGAGGAUUUACCGCACAUGACAGACAUGCCGGAUCUUGAGGGGCAUGGGCUCUUCGUUCUUGAGAGGCUAGAGCAACGGACUCCCGUUGUCGGAUUAGAGUCGUGGAGCUACCUCGUUGUUCUCAUGGGCAUUGCCCUUGAGGCUAAGAGAGAUGAUAUCAGGCAACGAGUGGAUGCCCUGCUCAACGAAAUUCUGGGCAAAGGCUUCGCAAUCGCCGGGGCUUUGUUGACUGAUGGAAGGAUGAUUUGGGGGAUGGAUUAUGCAUCUGGACACGAAUGCAUUGGGCCUAGCUCGUGAGGAAAGAACGACGCAGGCGAACGAACAUUGCUUACACAACUCAAAUCAGGUCAAAAUACCCGAGAAGCAACUACUAGUAAUUCAAUGUACAUUACAAGGCCACAAAUAAUGCCAAUGUCACGGUAACAUUUGACAAAAAAGAUGAAUUCUAGCCAAU